AUGUAUGUAAGACAAAGAACGCAAGUCAGCAAGCGACGGCCCAGCCAACAGGAUGAAGCCCGACGGCCCGUGCUGGGAACAAUAUGUAUAGAUAACAUAUUCUUCUUGAAGUCAGUUGACAACCUUUACGGGUAUCACAACAAGGAGACUGACUGCAUCAUGGUGGUAGCCGAAAGGGAAUGA